CCCCUCUCCCCAGCAUUUUGUUGACACUCUUUACUCCAGACAUCUUCGCUCCCUCGACUUCCGCAAGUGGAGAUCCCAAUUUCUCUCUCGGGCGAAGGAUAACGCUGGCACUGUUUCCUCCGUCGCAUGAUCAACUCUCUUACUCACACAUCCUGGCGCCUUUCGCUGCAGGUCCUCUACUACACUCCACGUAACCGUGCAGCAAACUGGAAAAGCUACAUAUCGGACCACACUAGACAAUCGCGACCCUCACGAUUACUCUUGUCGGUCCAAUCUCCGAUUGCUCAAAUUAUCACCCUUCCCCUUUGGACCACCUGCAUCACUGCGUUGGCAGGCAAUCCUGCAUUUCCUCUCCCGAUCCUCGUCGCCGAUUUUCCCUUCUUGCGCAGCCUUCCUCUAGUCCCCGGCCGGCGAGUGACGCCAAUCGACGCGAAGCCGAAUUUCCCUGCUCAAUUCCAACAAUAAUUUUUUUUUACCUUUACACCCACGCACACACAUACACACCUUUUGGCGUCUGUAGAAGCUACGUUCGGAGGGGCUCUGCUGACAGCUAAGCACAUGCGCGGCGCACACGGCUAUUGACUUGCAUUAUUUCGCUCACCAAUUUCUGUUCCCAUUACCUUUCAAUACUCGCCUUGGAGCGUCCCUCGGUCCUCCUGCCUUGCACCGGAAAAGAACCUCAACCGCCGGCACCAACCACGGCCAAUUGGUUCGAGCUCCACACGUCCUCGCAUAUUUGCUGCAGAGGGACAGCUUUCCCCGCGUACUAGGAGAUCCGCCAACUGAGGAGGGGUAGAAUUAGGGCACCAAAAUAGGAUACAACGCGGGCAAAUCAGAUCAUAUCAGGAAAACCUGACGAAAAUCAAUUCCGGGAAAAAAAUAAUUGGAG